CACAAUGUGAUUAUUAAUGACAGACAGACAUUACCUAGUAGUAGUAUUUAACUGCAUAAUAAUAUAAUAAGCUUGGUGAACUUUAAUCUGAAAACUGAAAUCUAGUGGCAUGGAAAUGGCGAACCGGAUUUACGCCUUUGAAAAUGUCAAAUUAACCCUUUUGAGUCCCACUGAUUUUGACCAUUCUUGCUCUUUUUUCAAUCUCAUCUUCGUAAAACUCAAGAAUUUGUCUUCUUCUCCAUCCUUAUUUUGAUGUCAAAUCUGAUGACAUUUUUAUAAUUAACUUGUGAACCAUUAUCACUACGAAUCAAAAGAGCUUUGCAUCUUUUCAGUAGUUAUUAUUACUGCAACACCAAAAAAAUCUCCGACGAAGCUGUUUUUUUUUUAACUCGUGACCUGAUUCGCUGGGUUCACAAAGCCCGAGUCAAACACUUAUCAACCAUGAGCUGGAUUCGUAGAAUCGAUCUCAUCGACCCGUACACUUGUUCGCCUCUCGUCGUCAGAGAAACCUCAAUCACCGAGCCUUCAGCAGCAUUACUGUUAGGGUUUCCUUCGUUCAUCGACGAUGAGGUUGAAGAUCUCGGUUUCCCUUUCGGGUUUUCGUCCCCUUCCCCACUUGAUCUAUUCGAAAGCGUGACGGAUCUGGUCCAGAUUGAGAAAUCUCCUUCGUCUUGCAAGUACCAGCUGAUUCGCCGGAAGGCGGAGCCGGAUUAUCCCCUGCAGUAUCUCUGCAACCGAGUCUCUGAGUUGGAAACGAAGUUUGACCGAUUGGUCGGUCCUAAAAGCCGUGAUUCUGACCGGAAGUACAAAUUGACGAAGGAGAUCAAAGGUUCUGGAGAGCGGAAGUACAGAUGGGAGGCGGAGAUCCAGGGGCCUCCGGGGAGGAAGUACAAGCUGGAGGCGGAGAUGGAAGGAUCGACGGAGAGGAAGUACAAGUGGGAAGCGGAGAUCGAAGGUCCUGGGGAGAGGAAGUACACGUGGACGACGGAGAUCAAAGGCGGGAAAAAGGACGAGGAACGCAAGCUACUUGCUUUGAAGAAGGCGAAGGCGAAAGCUGCUGCGGAGGCUGCCGAAGCGGAGAAGGAGAAGAAUGAGAAGAAGAAGAAGAAGAAGAAGAGCUACAAUUGGACGACGGAGCUGAAGUCGGAGAGGGAGAACGGAGAGAUGCAGCACACGUACACGAUCAAGGCUUCCACUGGAGGCGACAAGGGGAAACAUGAGGAGAAUGAGAAGAAGGAGAAAAAGGAGAAGAAGAGCAAAAAGAAGGAGAAAACGCGUGCUGUAGUGAUCGAGGAGGAUGAAGAUGAAGAAGAUGAGUCGGAAGAACACAGAGCCAUCGUCCUCAGGAAGGCGUUUUCCAGAAGAAAUGGAGCUGUUAGGACCAAAAAGGGAAAGAACAAGGAAAUGUCGCCUGAAUAUGCGGCUGUGAUGAUCCAGAGGACCUUUAGGGCUUAUUUGAUUCGCCGGUCAAAAUCAUUGCGUGCUCUUCGUGAUCUAGCGAUUGCGAAGACUAAACUGAAGGAGCUAAGAGCUUCAUUCCACAACUUCAGCUAUCGUCGCCUGAUUGCUCGUGAUGCAGAGGAGCGCCAGAAAUUCUCAGAAAAGAUCAUUGUGCUCCUCCUCACAGUUGAUGCCAUUGAGGGAGUUGAUGUUAUGGUUCGAGGAGCAAAGAGAUCAAUGGUGGAUGAGCUGGAGGAGAUGUUGGAUGUUGUAGACCCGCAGCCGCAGGGGAAAUCAUUGUCGAUGAGGAGAAGAACAUUCGAUAUGCCAGACAGUUUGAUCCGCGAAGAAAUCGCAGAGGGAGUGACUCAGAUUGUGCAGAUGCUUGAAACCGAAGAAGAAUGAUGGAGCUAUGUGUGCGUGUGGUUCAGAGGCUGUUUUGUUGUGCUCGUGUCUGAGAAUAAUUUAAUUAGCCUCUUUAGUUUGCUUAGUGUUUUGAAUGUUUCUAAUUAUGGAGAACAAAAUAAGUGGGAUUUGCUUGAAGAAGAGAUUGGUGUCUGUUUAUCAGUCAUAUCUCUCAAAUCUUGCCUCUUGUGUCUUCUUUCUUAGUGUGUUGUGUUUUAUCAUCAGUUUAUGUAAUCCCUUUGUGUUCCCAAGCUUGUAGACUCUGUUUUAUCAAAUUGCUUUAAGUUUUUUAUUCUGAUUGUGUCAUUGUUUUGGUUCUUGAUUCUAUUCUUGACUUCUUGAAAGGUACUCGAGGAAUUUUUAUAAA